AUCAGUAUGCUGAAAGUUAUCUGGAAUGUUUUAAAGAAGAUUUUUAGUAUUCUUCUUUUAAUACUCUCCCCAAUAAAACGACUGAUAUGUGGAAGAAAGAGACGGACAUCUGACACUAUUUUACCUUUGUCAAAUCAUUACUCAAUCCCACAAGAUUUCAACCAAAUGCCUACAAAUACUGAAGAGGAGUUUCAGUCAUGGGAUGAUUGGAACACAGAGUCAAAGAAACAGACAACCAAUGGACAACUGGGUAAUCCCAGGCUGAUGAGGGGCUCCCAAGGAGACGAAGAAGAGGAGGAGAUUGAUUAUUUCUCAGAUAUGACACCAAAUAUAAAAAAGCAGAAAAAGGUUUAUAUUGGAAGAGACUCAACAACAUCCCAGUCCAGUACCAAUAAAUUUGCUUUUGCUGGAGAUGCUCCCAUAAAUCAGGGUUCAGAACUUGGUUCCUGGGAGGACACAGAGAAUGCAUGGGGAGAGGAGUCUAUGGAGGAUUUAUCUUGGCAGGCUGAUGCAGCCAUUAAACAGAGCAGGAAGUCUGAACAGCAGCGACGGCUACAGGAGCAUGCCCGACGGAAAAUGGAGAAAGAACAGGCCCGCAACAAAAAAGACAGUACAUUCACAGCAGUCAGACUGACAUCAUGAUACAAUAUACAUUGAAUUCAUCUUCAAAUUAUUGUGUCAAAUAUUCUCAUGUGCAAUGUUUACUAAGAUUGAGAGGGGUGUGUGUAAGUGGUGCAUUUUAGGUUUAUAAUAUGUACCCAUGCAAUGGCAACAUUGUUUAGGAUGUGAUUGUUAAAUUAUCUAUUGGGUUAUUGUUAAUCUGCCAAUAGUGAAAGGCUUGACCUGGAAAAAAAGUAGUCUUCAAUAAUCAAAUGUCUCCAAAAAUUUAAAUUUAUUUCUACAAUUAUAUUUGACAAAUAAGUUUAAUAUCAUUCAGAUUUUGUUCAUAUUCAUACUAAGAUAAAUGUU